AUGACUCAUUUGCGGAAGCACCGCUCCCUUCCGUCACUCGCGGGGCCGCGCAUUGCCUUGCUUAUAGUAGCCGUAGCGCACGCCGUCGCGGCGGGUCCACUUGCGACGCUCCGUCGCGUGAAAAUCGUCUCAGGCGAUACAGCCGCCACGUCUGCUACAACCGCCACGGCUGCUACGGCCGUAGCCAGCCAUCGCCGGAGUGCGCUAAAGACAGCCGUCGUCACGUUGUCGCCGCCGCCACCCGUAGCGCCUUCGACUUCUGGUAAACCCUUAGCGCCGCCGGCCGCGCCGCGAUCUCCCGGCUCCAGCGGGAACGCGUCGGCAAGCGAGUAUGGGCCGGAGUUCCCGCCGACGUAUGAUCAACGGCUGGCGUUGGCGGAGCUGCGCGUGGCGAUGGAUCCGAACGGGUUGGAGCUGGAGUCGUGGGACUCGGACGUCGGGUGGGCCUUCUGGAUGGGCGUUGAGUGCGACCAGUGGAACCAAGUCGUCAAACUGUCGCUGGGCGGCAACGAGCUGACGGGGAGCAUCCCCGAAGGCAUUUCGCACCUCACCGCGCUGCAGCACCUGUGA